GUGGAGGUUGGAUCAUUGACAUUCAGUCAGUAACGCGGUGGAAUGUCCACGUUUAGACUGCCGCUGCCCACUCAGAAAGCCAAGAGCACAGCCGUUCGACUUAUGUCGUACAGCCACAUCUCUAACCGACCAAUCCAGUAGUGACCAUUCGAUGUCGUGACUCGUCCAAGAGCGGCAAACACUCGAGCUAUCUAGAAAGGACACCGGGCCGGAAUGUCGACUGAUAGUCUCUCGAUUCAACCCAGCUAUCUCAUUCGUGCACCAUUGAAUCAAUUUUGGUGCCUCGCCGGGCGGAAUUUCGGUCCGCAUCUCGAGAUCUGGCUAAAAUGUGCAUCAUGGAAUGUUGGCUGUCAAAUGAUUGGUCAAGAUAGGAGAUCCUCCUCGCCCCUUAGACACUAUGGCCCAGUAUCCUACUCUCAAAGAUGUCCAGAGUCUCACGAUCCACCCCAUUCCUCAUGUCGCUCUGCCUGCACCCCACGACAAAUUUUGUCUCUCUCCGAUGCUUUCAACUGACGUCCGAGGAGCCGGUCGAGUUCUGAUGAUGGAUUCUGUCGCUUCGACCUCUGGCCAGGCCGAUACUGGGGAAGAGGUACAACAAUUUGUGGAACAAAGUAUGAUGGCUGAAGAAGUGCUUCUAGAGCUGACCGUUAUCAGGUCUUUGCGGACUCUGGGCGAUGCUGUACCCGACUUUAUUGGUUUCUUUGAGCUACGAAAGAUGAGACCUAGGGCUUGGUCAAAAGCUCGGCCAUCUGAUCCACCAGUAUCUCGAGAUGGGGCACACUGGACGAUGUCAUGCUUCAUCGACCCAGCUUUCGGAGGGACAGGGCUGAUGACGAUUGCCGGUCAAGAGUACAUGAAGCUAUGUCCAUACAUCCACGACAGGCCGGGUAUCGUGUUUGCAGGAUACGAGCAGGGCAAUGCACCUUCUCGCAGACUUCAGGCGCGACUCGGAUUCCGACCGAUAGGGAAAUGGUACAAUGCGAGGAUCGGAAAGACGCUCGUGGAUACUGUAUGGGAAGGAGCGGGGCGCGUGGACACACAGACAAAGCUUUAUGAAAGACUACAGGAUAUGACUGAGGAGGACUUUGGCGAGGAGAAACGGGAAGACGAGGAACAUGCCUCGAAGAAGAGGUAAAGAUGAUCUUAUUUUGUAUCAUUUUUUGCAUGAUCUUGACCCUCUGCCAAUCGUGCGGGUCUCUACACUGCAUGCGAUCUCU